CUGUCUUAAGCCUGCGAGCUCAAACUAAAUUCCAGGAAUUGCAGAAAUGUCGUCUCAAAAGAUUGAUCUCUUGAAGGCUGAGCUUCCCCUGGAGGAAGAGCAGGUGACCCUGCAAGAAGACCGGGUGAACGGCCUCGUUCUUGUGGAUAUCGUCAAUGGCUUCUGCACUGUUGGUGCUGGAAACCUGGCUCCAAGAGAGCAGAAUAAGCAGAUAUCGAACAUGGUGAAUGAGUCUGCUAAGUUGGCGAGGCUCUUCUGUGAGAAGAAAUGGCCUGUUAUGGCAUUCCUUGACACUCACCACCCCGACAAGCCCGAGGAGCCUUAUCCUCCUCACUGCCUUUCCGGCACCGACGAGUCAAACCUUGUCCCCGCCUUGAGAUGGAUAGAGAAUGAGCCGAAUGUCACGAUCAGACGCAAAGAUUGUUAUGAUGGGUACUUGGGCUCGUUUGAGAGUGACGGCUCGAACGUGUUCGUCAACUGGGUGAGGAACAAUCAGAUCAAAACUAUUCUGGUUGUGGGAGUAUGCACGGAUAUAUGCGUGCUAGAUUUCGUGUGCUCGACAUUAUGUGCGAGGAAUCUCGGAUUUCUAAAGCCGUUGGAGGAGGUGGCAGUUUACUCCGGAGGCUGUGCAACCUUUGAUGUGCCUCUUCAUAUUGCAAGGAGCACCAACGGUGCUAUGCCUCAUCCUCAGGAGCUGAUGCAUCACGUGGGCCUUUACAUGGCCAAAGAAAGAGGAGCUAAGGUAGCAAACAAGCUGUUCAUCAAUGGAAGCACCAUAGAAGAAGCCAUAUGAAAGCACAUUCCAUCACAAUAUAGUAAGCAUAUAAAUCUGUACAUGUAAAAGCAUCAAUAAGGCAUGUCGCGUCGCUCUGUCAGAAAUCGUUGCCUCAUACCAUGGUGUGUUUCCAUUGUGAAAUCGACCUCGAUAAGUCACUUGGUAGCUUUUGUUCAAUGCUGUGAUCAAUCACACUGCUAAAAUGAUCAUUGCUAACAUAUCCCUGUUUAUGCUUUAUGCUAGUAAAGGAUUUCUCGAAUGUGAGAGCUAA